AUGCGUUCACUGACCCUCCUCUGCGUACUUGUGACGGUCUCUGUCACCUGGGCUCGGGCUCCCCUCCCGCUGCUCUCCUUGGAGAUGAUCAACGUGAUCAACAAGGCCAACACCACCUGGAGGGCCGGGCAGAACUUCCAUAAGAUUGAUAUCAGCUAUGUGAAGGGACUGUGUGGGACUUUACUGAAAGGACCCAAGCUGCCAGAGGUGUUUCACAAUAUCGAAGGCAUUGAACUUCCUGACAGCUUCGACCCUCGCCAGCAGUGGCCCAACUGUCCCACAAUCCAACAGAUCAGAGACCAGGGGUCCUGUGGGUCCUGCUGGGCCUUUGGGGCAGCUGAGGCGAUAUCCGACAGGCUGUGUAUCCACAGCGGUGGUAAGAUCUCUGUGGAGAUCUCUGCUGAAGAUCUGCUGUCCUGCUGUGAUGAAUGUGGCAUGGGCUGUUUUGGUGGUUUUCCCUCUGCUGCUUGGGAGUUCUGGGCAAAGAAAGGGCUCGUGACAGGAGGCGCGUAUGACUCCAAAGCAGGCUGCCGGCCCUACAGCAUUGCUCCCUGCGAGCAUCACGUUAAUGGGACUCGUCCUCCCUGUCAGGGUGAGCAGGAGACUCCUAAGUGCGAGGAGCGCUGCGCUGAUGGAUACUUGCCAUCCUAUCAGAAGGACAAACACUAUGGUGAUCACACAUACAGCGUCCCGUCCCAGCAGGAGCAGAUCAUGACCGAGCUGUACAAGAACGGGCCCGUGGAGGCAGCUUUCUCUGUAUAUGCAGAUUUUCUGCUGUACAAGACCGGUGUGUACCAGCAUGUGACAGGGGAAAUGCUGGGCGGUCAUGCCAUCAAGGUCCUCGGCUGGGGGGAGGAGGAUGGGACGCCCUACUGGCUGGCUGCAAACUCCUGGAACAGCGACUGGGGAGAUAAAGGCUUCUUCAAGAUCAAGCGUGGAAACGACGAGUGUGGUAUUGAGUCAGAGGUGGUUGCAGGAAUCCCAUUAAACUAG